AUGAGUAAAAAUCGACAGUUACCAUUUGCAGAUGCCGCUACAAUAGUUAGGGCGCAUCAGAAGGAUGCUUACUUUGAGUCAUCUUAUAGGACUCAUUUACAAGAUUUUUUCCAAAUCUUUAAAGGUCAGCGGUUUAUAAAUGAGUUUUCUCAAGAAAUUACUGUUUUGGCUAAAGCUUUAUACGUGGCAUUGACUACUGUUAUUGGUGCAAGAACUUUGGGCGAAGAGUAUGUUGAUUUGGUGUAUGUGACAAAGUCAGGAAGAAAGUUGCCCAAGAUUCUACCGAGAGUUGGAUUCUUGUUAUCAUAUGCCCUUGUUCCAUACUUUAUCAACAAAUUGAUCAAAUACAUCAAGGUGAGAAAAGAGAAUGAUAAGGAUAAAGAUAAGGAUAAGGAUCACUGGCUAUUUAAGUUUUUAUCCAACUACUUUGAUGUCUUGGACACUAUAACAAACUUGCACAUUGCUAUAUUCUACUUUAAAGGUGAAUUUUACUCAAUUCUGAAAAGAAUCUUUGGAUUACGUUAUGCAUACGGUCACCACAAAGAACCAGAAAAGAUGCAGAGGGGGAACUAUUCGCUUCUAGGCGGGUUGAUAAUUGUUCAGUUCAUUGUCAAAAUCUUGAUGAAUUUAAAGGAGUACAAUAAUAAUUUAAUCAGCAAACAUAAUGAAAAACAAAUUGUAGACAAGAUUGAUGAAACCAAUAAGGAGACAAAGAUAUUCAAUAUAGCCCAGUUAAAUCAAUUGAGUGAUAAUUUCGAUGAAAAGUUGUUGAUAAACUUGGCAGAUGAGUCGCAAUUGCCAUAUUUACAAGAUACUUCGAGAAAUUGUAUGCUAUGUUUAUCUCCUAUGGUAUCACCUGCAGCAGCAAAUUGUGGACACUUGUAUUGCUGGGACUGUAUAGUCGAUUGGGUUAGAGAGAAUCCCGAGUGUCCCUUGUGUAGACAACAAUGUUUAGAACAACAUUUACUUCCAUUGAGAUGA